AUGGAGGAAAAAUCUCCACAAAAAUCUGAGAAUCUCAGAAUUUCAGAAUCUCAGAAUCUCAGAAAUUCAGAAUCUCAGAAUCUCAGAAUCUCAGAAUCUCAGAAUCUCAGAAUCUCAGAAUCUCAGAAUCUCAGAAUCUCAGAAUCUCAGAAUCUCAGAAUCUCAGAAUCUCAGAAUCUCAGAAUCUCAGAAUUUCAGAAUCUCAGAAUCUCAGAAUCUCAGAAUCUCAGAAUUUUAUAA